AUGAAAUCUCAAUCAAUAUACUCAUCAUUAUUAUUGUGCAUUUUAACUUUUACUCAUUUUCUAACAAUAACAGCUGAAAGAUGUGUCGAUAUUCCAGAUCCUUUAAAUCCUUCUAAGCAAGUAAUAGUAGACUGUCCACCUACUGUGAAUAGUGACGCUUAUGUUAAGCGUCAAACCACCAAUUUCUUUGAAGUAACUCAUAAUUGUACUGCUACUGCAGCCCUGUGUAACAAGAUCAAAGAGGCCUUCAAUGACGCCGGAAAAGAAAUAUCAAAAGUUUUGGAGUUAAAACAGAUAAUCAAAGUAAAUGCCACUUUUACAGACCUAAUUAAUCCAUUUUUAUUAGGUUCUGCCGGUCCUGCACGAUAUAUACCACUGACCUCAGAUGAUAAGAUCAUAAGAAGCUAUCCUCAAGCUCUUGUGAAGCAGUUUUCCUUAAGCACACAUCCUGAAUAUAAUGAUUAUGAUAUUACUGCAAGACUUAAUGCAGCCCAAAAUUGGUGGUUUAGAACUGAUAACGGAACAAUCGGUUCUGAUCAAUAUGAUUUUUACGCAGUUAUAUUACAUGAACUUAUACAUGGACUUGGGUUCAUAUCAAGUUGGAGUAAUCUCCUCGAAACUUUAGUUGAUCAAGAUACCACUGGUCUUACUCCUUUUCCCGAUUUCGGUGGUGACAAUGACAGUCAAUUUGAAGGAUUUUUGGAAAAUAUUUUUGAUAAAUAUGUAAAGUUCACACGAAAUGGUGUAGUAAGCACAUCGACAGAUUACACUUCCCAAUUAAAUGAGUCGGUACCUAUUGGAACUUCAUUCGAUACUGUCGAGGAAUUUUUAGCUCGAGUAAAAUCUUCUCCACAAUGGGAAAUUGCAGAAUUCACACUUGAAUCGGCAACUACUAAUGAUAGUUUGACCUUUACACCUGCGGAAGGCACAAGUUAUAAGGAAGUAAUUUAUUUAGAAUCCGGUUUAUAUCCUUAUGAUCAAGGAUCUAGUAUAAGCCACGUCAGCGAAAAACAUUAUGAAUUAACUCCCGAUUUUUUGAUGACAUGGAGUCAAGAUCCUGGUAUAACACUAGAAUUCGCAAUCCAAAGAGGUGGGAAUCACUCAUCUCCAAUUGGACCCAGAAUUUUGUCCAUACUUGAAUCAAUGGGAUAUGAAACAGAAUCUUUUCCCAAUCCAAUUAUACCCACAUAUGAGCCUUAA